UCCAUACUAUCAUAUAUUACUUCUCUUACCCAAACGCAUCAUUCGUUACCACAUCGGCUUCUAAGAUCCACAAAUGGAAGUAAUCUGCUAAAUAAUCCCCAUUCUAUUUACGACACUCUUUGUAGCUUAAAAAGCAAGAUCUCCGAGCAUUCCGAGCUUUUCGCCUCAUGCUCCUCCAUCAGAGAAGCUCUUGGUCUCUUUCUUUUCCGCAACUGUUUACUGGACGCGUCUGAGACUGUGCUUAAAAAUGAAAUGCAAUUGAUGGAAGCAGCGUUCGGUCGCAUCAAGAUCUUCGGAGGUGCAGCAAGAGCAGUUCUCGAUGAGUCGUUUGCCCUGAAGGCCACCCACAAUUAUUUUCGGGAAAAGGAUCCAUCACUCAUAUCUGCAGCGGAACGGACGAUGCUACACUCCAACAACGCUUCAGUACACGGAAACAUGUAGGAAACGAUGAUACCACCUGUCUUUGUUGAGACGUUUAGAAGUCGACCGCUGUCCUCGUGGCCUUUGUUGACCAAGAAUUCUCUUCCCGAGCAGCUCGUCGGGGAUGUGACGAUUGUUGGAUACGACGAACAGCAACCAAAACUCGCCAUAUCGCACAGAAACAUCACGACACAGAAUUUUAUGAAGGCGCACGUCGAGCACAACUCCAAGCAGGGCGAUCAGGAUAUCCCUCCAUUCUAUUUCCCAGCACCUCAUGUCUCCGGACCCGACGUCAUAUUUUUUGUCAAGAUCAACGGCAGCAUGUACCCUUGCUUUGUCCAAUUGAAGUUGCGACAAGUUCUUGAGCGCAGCGAUGUCGAGAAAGCGCCUGGAACUGUCAGCAGUCACGCCAUACAAGAGAAGAUGGAAAAGGAGCAGAAAAUGCAACAAAAACAGCGUCAAGAUGAACCGGCAACAAGUGUCCAAUCCGAUCAACAGCAACUACCACAACUGCAGGACUACUGCCCCACUGGAACAUAUAUUAGCAUGAUUCACUUCCACCUGAUCAGACCGUUUGCACCUGCUGAGGUUGUCUUUGAUCUCAUACUCCUGGACAAAAAUGGAAGUCAUCUACAAAACUGUAUAUGAUUUGCG